AUGCUUUGGGAUCAGCCUGUAUGUCCAGCUCAGCCCCUGCUGCGGGGCUGGGGAGCAGUCCUGCUGUCCCAGUGCUUGUCCUCCGUGUUCUCCCAGAUUCCGGAUCCUGAGCUUCUGCCUACAGAGCCCCCUAAGAAGCCGGACCCCGUGACCUCAGAGACCGUCGUUUUCUGGGGGCUGCGGUUAUGGCAGGUCAUUGGCAUCUUUGCGAUGUUUGGUUUGGCAGUUGUUAUCACCCUGUGCUGUAUAUUCAAAUGUCGAAUCCCGAGAACCAAAAAGGAAAUCGAAGCCCGAAACCAGCAAAGGCAGGCCGCCAAGAAAUACGCCAACACAUUAGAGACAGUGCCACCUCUGAACGAGCUGACUGAGAUCCCAGGAUCUGCCCUCGAUGCCUCUGCAGUACAAACAGUGUCUGAGCAGGUCCAACCUCAAAGUGCUGAAAACAGCCAGCUCUCUGUAGCUGGGGUCAGCGAGGAGCAGCCCAGCUCCCUCAGUUUGCCCGAGACAGCGUAA